AUGGAUCCUCGGAGAAGAAAUAAUCAGCCUCCACAGCAAUCUUACCCGCCCAAUCCCUCUGGAUACAACCGCGGUCCUCCUCCACCCCAAGAUCGCUACGGGUCCUCCUACAACGAGUCCAGGUCAUAUCCACCUCAAAAUGGGGGCUACGACACACCCCCACAGAGCUACAGAGGUCCUCCUCCGCCACAGUCCCAACCGGUAUACGGAGGAGCAGGAGGUGGAGGCUAUCCUGGCAAUGCUCGCGAUGGCAACUAUCCCCCAAACAUGCCCAAUUUCCCUCCUAGAGAUACGGCAGAAGGAGGAUUCCGACCUCAUGAUCCCCGUUCACGGUACUCUGGUGCUCAGGCCAGCUACAACACCCCCACUCCGCCUCCUGGUCAGACGCCGCCCCAUGUAGGCUAUGGGACGCCUCCCACGGCGGCUGGCGCUCUGGCUCCUCAAAGGGCCGGGACGGGGACACCGCUGUCGAAUGGGGUAAAGGAGGAGGCUAUGGAGGAACAUACGCCUGGGGGCAUGAGGCGGCCAUUGUUUUGUGUUGUCUGCGCUAGUAAUAAUAAUCGUUCCAUGGAAGCACACCACGUACUCAAUCAAAACUCGUUCCGAGUGAUAUCGGCGGGCACUGGUUCCGCCGUCCGUCUCCCCGGCCCUUCCAUCGACCGUCCCAACGUUUACCGCUUUGGUACUCCCUACGACACAAUCUACAAUGACCUCAUGUCCCAAGAUCCUGCUCUCUACACUCGCAAUGGCAUUCUGCCCAUGCUGGACCGGAAUAGAAAGGUGAAGAGGGCACCAGAGAAAUGGCAGGAGCUUAGGAGGGUGGGGGCGGAUGUGGUGAUAACGUGUGAGGAGCGGUGCUUCGAUGCCGUCUGUGAAGAUCUUUUACAAAGAGGUGGUGAAUACAACCGCCCAAUUCACAUAAUAAACGUCGAAAUCAAAGACAAUCCCGAAGAAGCUCUUAUCGCCGGAAAAUCUAUACUCGAUCUCGCUAGAGCUAUUGAAGCAUCAAAAGACGUGGACGCCGAUAUUGACCAUAUUCUCAACGUCCAGGCCGAUAAACACCCGCAUACUCUUUUGCACACUGUGGCAUUCUACUAG